AUGCCUCGAGCCAACGGAGGACCGGCAACGAAGAAGUUAGUCUUCAAAGAGAAGCUUGUCACCAAAGGACAGUCCACCGAUGCUAUCCUCAGAAAGCUCAAGACCCUUCACCUGGAACUCGCGGCGAUGGAGCAGGAGCAGGUCGACGUGCGGUCGCUGGGGACCGUGCAGAAGGAUUUGAUAAACAUAUCCUUGCUCAUGCACAAAGACAAAGGUAUCAAAGCUUACACGGCGUGUUGUCUCGCGGAUAUCCUCAGACUUUGCGCGCCCAACGCUCCUUACACCGACGCGGAAUUGAGGGAUAUCUUCCAGUUCUUCUUCAAGCAGCUAUCUAACGGACUCAAGGGCCCCGACUCGGCCUACUACAAUGAAUACUACCAUCUCGUGGAGUCGUUGUCCACGGUCAAGACUGUCGUGCUAGCGGGUGACCUUCCUGACUCUGAAGAACUCAUGGUGGAGAUAUUUCGCGCCGUAUUCGCCCUGGUACGUCGGGACCUCCCAAAGAAAGUCGAGUUAUACUUGGUCGAUAUACUUGUCGCUCUUGUUGACGAGUGCCCCGCGUUGCCAUCGGAGGUACUCGAAACUAUCAUGUCUCAGUUCAUGGACCAAAACGCUCGUCUCGACCAAGCCGCUUAUCGAACAGCAGUACAACUAUGUAAUUCGACUGCCGACAAACUCCAACGACACGUAUCACAGUACUUCACCGACAUCAUCGUGUCCGAAUCCUCUGUACAUGCCACAUCUCCCGAAGACUUCAACGAGAUACGAACGGCCCACGAACUCAUCAAGCGACUUCAUCGAUCAUGCCCGGCAUUACUUCAUAGCGUUAUCCCCCAGCUCGAAGAAGAACUCAGAGUUGAGGAAGUCCAACUUAGAUCAAUAGCAACGCAAGUCUUGGGUGAGAUGUACGGCUCCCCCGGUGGCCACGGACAUGACCUCGUGAAGAAUUAUCCAACAACAUGGAAUGAAUGGCUCAAGCGGCGCAAUGACAAGAAUGCAGGUGUUCGACUUAAAUUUGCUGAAACUGCCGGUGCAUUGAUCGGAAAUCUACCUCAAGUGAAAGACGCAAUAGAAGACGCCCUCAACUCAAAAUUAUUUGAUCCCGACGAGAAGAUCAGAGGGGCUGUGUGCAAACUAUAUUCACAAUUAGACUACGAGACCGCGUUACAUCAUGUUUCGGACAAGCAGCUUAAGCACUAUGUUCGUUCCGAGGCUCUGACGGCAUUGGGGAAGCUUUUUAGCCUCGCUUAUCCGGAAAUAGAAAACAAUGAUCCAGCCGCGAUCAGGCAUUUCUCUUGGAUACCCAACGACAUACUGCACAUGCUUAGCUUGGGAACGGAAGUGAGGGGUACGAUAGAGAUGGUUUUCGCACUUUAUAUUCUUCCUCUCCCUUCAUCUACGACAACACGCCCGUCUACAUCCAAAAACACAUUGGAAAUUGACGACGGUGCAUGGACAGAGCGGUUACUCACAGUCAUGAAGUUUCUCGAUGAGAAGGCUAUUCAAGGUCUCCUGUUACUGACGGGUAUGAAACAACCUCGCCCAACCGUCUUUGACCACUAUUUGGAUGCCUGCGCCAAGUAUAACGGAGGCGUCAUUGACGAGAAUGAAGACGGAGUGACGCGCAAACUGAACGGAGUUAUCCAAGCCAUCUCAAGCGGCUUCUUGGAACCCCAUAAAGCGUCUGAAGACCUUCACACGUUUGCAAAACUCAACGAAGGGAGACUCUACAAACUGUUAAAAAGCUGUAUGGACCCCCAGACUGAUCUGAAAGGGUUGGUCAAGGCGACGAACGAGUUUACGCGAAGAAUUGAACAAAACUCCCCAGCCAUAAAUUCUACCAUGAACACUCUACUUUAUAGAGCAAGCCUCCGUAUCUUCAACCAGUCAUCUAUACCGACGUUCAUCAAAGCCAUUCAUAAGGACAAUGGCAAGGCAUCGAUGCAAACACAAACCGCAGCGAAACACUCACAGACUCUGAUGGCAUUUAUCUCGAAGCACUUUCCCGUUCUUUACAAGUCGCACGUAACCGAACUAUCAAAGGCAAUAGCAAACGAGAAAAACGAAAUACUUGUGGAAACAUGUUUGCAAGCCCUAGCUGCUAUAGCCCGCUGCGAUGAUAAAUUAGUACCUUCGGACAAGAGGACCGUUGAAAGGAUUACUCGGUUCGCAACUGGGGAGCACCCAAGGCAUGCCAAGUUCGCCGCCCGGCUUUUGGCCUUUUCGAAGGAUCGUGCCGCCAACUGCUCCCAAGUCCUUGAUACUAUAACGAACGAACUCGAAGAUGCCUCAGACGAUGUACUUCUUGCCCGCAUGUCCGUCUUGGCCCAAUUCGCUCGGUUCGCGUCGGAAACUUUCGAUCGCCAUAGCGAGCAAAUCACCGCAUUUGUCUUACAGAAUAUACUCAUGGUGCCUACUCCACCUCCAGACGACGAAAUGGAUGAGGAUGAUGAAGAGUGGGCUGAGGAGGAUAGUCUAUCAACGGCCAUCAAAGUCAAAGUCCUCGCUCUGAAGAUGUUUAGGAACCGGUGCCUCUCACAUGCAUCCGAUGACAACCCGCUGGAAAUCGCUACUCCGGUCCUUAAGAUGCUUGUGACUACUUUAGAACAAGGAGGAACGUUGAUCCCUGGUACAGCAGAAGAGGAAGACCCGAAGUCCAAGGCACGUCUACGAUUGCAAGCUGCGGUAUCUUUGCUACAUCUCUGCGCAAUCGAGACCUACCUGCAUGCACUGUCGCCGAAAUUCGUAUCGCUCGCCCUCGCAGUGCAGGAUACGUGCUACAAUGUUCGCUUUGCCUUCCUCACCAAAGUAGUUUCUUUGAUGCAAUCACGCAAGCUACCGCCCCGAUUCAACCUGAUACCCUUCAUGACCAUCCAUGACCCCGAGGUAGACGUCAAGGCCUUGGCAGCAAACUACGUCAUCGCAGCCUUCAAGAAGCUGCCCCCAGCCCUCAAGGUUGAACAUUUUGAACUCAUCUUUAUUCGUCUACUUCAUCUCCUCGCCCAUCACCCCGACUAUGACACCUCCAAUGAUGGCCUACUCGAUAUGGGAAAACAUAUCCAACUUUACUUGGACCUGAUCGCCACGCCAGAUAACAUAUCUCUUAUUUAUAACCUUGCAGCGAAAGCCAAAACUGUUCGCGACGCUGAUUCUCAUACUCAUAGCGAAAACCUUUAUGUUAUGUCCGAGUUGGCCCAAGAAUUGAUUAAGAUCCACGCGCACAAUCAUUCAUGGAGCAUAUCAAGUUACCCCGGGAAGGUUAAAUUGCCCCCAGAUAUACUGAGGCCUUUGCCGUCCGUUGAGGCCGCCAAUAAGGUCAUUAAGACCGUCUACCUUCCCGAAGGAGUCGUUGCCUGGCUCAAAGAGCCUAUCAAGGAGAAGAAGGAGAAGGAGAAGAAGGCGCCCACUAAGCGCAAGGCUUCUACGUCGAGACGACCUAAGAAGAAGCGUCGAAAAGAUGAUGAUGAUGACGACGAGGAGGAGGAUUCAGAGGAUUCAGAGGAUGACGAGGAGAUGAGCUCAAUCAUCGGCGAUGAAGAUGCCCUCGAAAAGGCUCCAAGCUCGAGAAGGGCAUCUUCACCACUUUCGGAUCUAGGCGAAGACGAAGGGGAUGGUGAACAGCCCGAAGGCGCAGAAGAUCUUGGAAGAGGCGCAAGAACGAGGGCCAAGAGAAGGCAACAUCGGCGGUCGAAGCAGGGCACAGAGAAGUGA